AUGCCCUCCUCUUCCAUCCGCAACGUGGAUGUUCCCAAAAAGGGGAAAUCGAUAAAGUCGGCUUUCGACAGCGAGAGUUUCGAUGCUGAUGGAACAAUCCAUCUGGAUGGCCUCGUGGGAUCUGCAACCAUCUCGCCCUCGGGCAGAGACGUUGCUCUUGCAUCACCCGAAGGCCUCGCCAUCAUAGAUCUGGACUCUCCAUAUAGCCCUCCUCGCAGGCUGAGCAGCCAUGGGCUCCCUUGGCUCGUGGUCGACGUACAGUGGUCGCCCUUUGCAGCGCGGGACUACUGGGUUGCAUCCACAGCGAACCAUCGCUGUCUCGUCUGGAAUCUCAAUAAGCGGGACGACUCGUCCUCUGGCGCCAUCGAGCAUUCUCUUCAAGCCCACAAUAGGGCCAUCACCGACAUCAACUUCUCCGCACACCACCCAGAUUUCCUGGCAACCUGCUCCGUUGACGGAUAUGUGUAUUGCUGGGACCUGCGGAGGCCACGGCAGCCUGUACUCGGCUUUUGCGAUUGGUUUGCGGGCGCUACGCAGGUCAAGUACAAUCGCCAGGAUCCUCACGUUCUAGCCUCAGCCCACGAUCGCUGGCUUCACAUAUGGGACAACAGGCGGGCUGCAGAGCCCCUCAAAACAAUCAGCGCCCAUACAUCCAAAAUCUACGGCCUUGAUUGGAACCGGACGAAAUCCACCUGCUUGGUUACUUGUUCCUUGGACAAAAGUAUCAAGUUUUGGGACUACGGCCAGGACGAUGAUAGGCCCCAGAGAGUCAUUCGCACCGACUUCCCUGUGUGGCGAGCUCGCCAUACUCCUUUUGGUUCAGGGCUCCUUGCAAUGCCCCAGACGGAACCAGGCAACCUGUACCUCUACGAUCAGCGGCUCGGACCCAACGCCCCGACAGACGGCCCCGUUGACCCCGUGGCCGUUUUCCCGGGUCAUGGAAACCACAAGGCGAAAGAAUUUCUUUGGCGAAGCCGUGGCGGCGUGACCAACGACGGUCUAGACAACCGCGAGUUUCAGUUGGUCUCUUGGGGCGAAGACAACGAGCUGCGCCUUCAUAAGGUCGAACCCCGUAUUUUGGAGUCAGUGGGCCACGUUCGGGGAGCGCCGGUGAUGAAGAACCUUUUACUCACCCGAAAAGGUGCCAUUUACAAAACCUUCCGCACCGUCGAUGACACCGUCCACCAUGAUCGCAGGAGCCCGACAAUGAGCGAUCCCCGCCCCGGAAGUGGUGGGCAAUCCCGCAUGAGCGCCCUCAGUGCUGGAUUGAAUUCACGCCUUCGUCGUGUGGGUCCAUCCUGGAGUGCAACUUCCAUGAAAGCCAAGACGGAUACCAGAAAGCAUAUGGACAAGACUCAGCUACAAAUAGGGUGGAUGAAGGGCAUCAACAUGUCCAAAAGGAAGUCGAGCGCGGAUCCCCCCGCCCGAACAGGUCCGGAGGGCUCAGGUUUGUUCAGCCCUGGGUUUGAUGAUGGGUGGGGUGAACAGCCCGAGGCGAUCCAGGAUGAGUUCCUCCGCAUCAGCAGUCAACUUCCCAACGUGAAAUGGGAAAACAUUGACAUGGACUCCCUCACUCUGAAUGCCUCCUUGAAAGGCCCAUGGGGCGUCAACCGAGAAACCAUAUUCAUCAAGGUAAAAGUGGAUAUUCCUACCAGCUAUCCCAAGACAAAAGCACCGAGAUUCUAUGUCGAGAAAAGUUCCUUCAUGCCGGACGAGACUCACAGGAAGCUUGAAAGGGAACUUCAGGAACUGGGGAAUCGAUACUUGCAGAGAAAGCAAAAUUGCCUGUACACAGCAUUCACAUAUCUCCUCGGGGAAACGGACCUAGAGACUAGCACAGCCUUUUUCAAGAACGUCCGAGAUCUGGACGAUGACAUCGAUGGACUGGCUGAUGAGAGCUCUAGCGAAGAGGAUGAGAAUGACGCGCCCACCGGCGGCUCGGCAUCCAUGUCACAGGAGCUGAGCGGAAGCACAGAACUAGACCCUUCGGCGACCCUGGCUCCAGCCCAACGCCCGGCCGCUCCACCGCCACCCAGGUUUUGCGGCGCCAGGUUUUCCAAUAACGGCAGGCUUGUGUGUUUCUUUCCGACAAAGGAGGAAAAGGCAAGGGUGUUGUUCGCUAUCCCUCACCCUGACGCGUAUCGGGAGCGACCAAAGGGAGAGCCCGCUUUUGCCGGGUUUGGGCGUCUUGCCCACGACUCACCGCCGCCCAAGCAUCGGUUCCACGACGAAGCAUCUGCAACAGAGGACCAGUCCGGGGAAUCGGACGAGACAGACUCGGCAACAUCCACCGACUCGGAGGCGGCCACAGUGCACAAGAUCAAUUUCUGGUACCAGCCGGGCCGUCAUUUUCGGAAAACGUGGAGUGCCAACGAGUCUCUCCGCUCCAGCGGAGGCGGAACGGGUCCCGGAACCGGGACCGGCACGGGGACGAGCCGCAAGAGAACCGGCAAGCCUAAGAAUAUCAUCUCAAUGUACGACAUGCAAAACGAGCUACCGUCGAAAAGGCAGCUUGCCCAGGAGUAUGCCAUCUUCGGCGACGGAGCAGAUGUCUGCAGUCAUAACGCAGCGGUUGCCGAAAAGUAUGGACACCCAGACCUGGCCCAUGUUUGGAGGUAUGCAGCCCUGCUCCUUCGGAGAGACAUCCCGUUGGAGAUACAUGAUCUCCAACAUAGCGGACAGCCCGUGCUCGUCAUUGCCAGGGAUGCCGUCGCUCGUACCAGAGACGCGGAGGCGAAAGGCCCAACGCAUGAAGCCAGCCUAGCUGGGAGGGUCAGAUGGGGCCAUCACCCAUUGGCUCGUGACCUCAUCAACGAUCUCUUUGACUAUUACGAGAAGAUUGCUGAUAUCCAGAUGUUGGCCAUGCUGGCAUGCAUAUUUGGCGAUUAUUCAAUGGAAGAAGAAGCAGCCAUCGCAGCAUCACACCUCCCCCAGCCCAAAACGCCACUCCCUAUGAAAGCCCCCUCAUUCUCCCUUGAGUAUUUCCCCACGGACCCAGCGCUCUGGUAUCUGAACAACUACAAGAGCCAGGCUAGUUCAGCGAUUACAACGCCAAGGACAGCGACCACACCUGCGAUGUACUCUGACUCGCAGGGCUCGGAUGAAGUUCUCGGCAUGGCGGAGUCCAGGUCGCACUCGUACUCCUGUGGAGAGACACCACCAAACCUCGCACGGGAACAUCUACGGGAGGUCGGCCAGACCCAGAGCCUGUCUACCUCUCCAAACACGCGACUAUUCUAUCGUUCCAACUCGACUGUUGCUGCUGCGAUCGCUGCCAGUCUCCCCCGAGCCCUUGCUGGGAUGGUCCAGGUCUCUGCGUCUCCCCCAGAGCGGGCCCGGAAGCGGUUGAGCCCCGCCGAGACCAGCUCUAGCAAUCUUACACCGAGUGCCGUUACCUGGGCCACCUCAACUGUGUUUGGUGGUGCUGCUCCUGAGACUCCUGGAACGUCGCGAACGUCGCUAUCGGACGACGAGUAUCUGAAAGACGACUUGUUCUCCAUGGUGCCCGUGGCUGUGUCCUGCGUCCCAGAGAACCAAGGUCUCUUUGACGACGACGGGUGGAUGUCAACCUCUCUGAUUGAUCGCCAACGCGGACAGAUCUACUCCAACUACCGCUACGCAUACGCUGAGAUGCUCCACAUGUGGGAUCAGCCGCUAUCCCGCCUUGAAAUCAUGAAAUUUGACGUCCUCAAAGAAGACAAACUGCUGUCCUCGUCUCUUGACGGCAGAAGCACAUCACAUAGCAGCCAUGCCAACACGGAAAACACCAAUGUCAAACUCGACGAGCCCAACAGCCCCAAUAAUACACCUUCCUUCUACCCCACAGGCGGCGCCACCUCCCCAACCUCCCCCUUUGCAGACCGCCGGGCUCUCUUCCAAGAUCUCCUCGCAUCCGGUCGGGGCGUCGACAUAACCGGCUUCUGUCGCGUGCACGACGGCGUGCCGCUCGAGCCGGCCGAGUACCUCCGCCCCGCGCAAAGGGGCCAUCGCGUCAAUGGCGCCGUGGGCGUCUGCCACCGCUGCAGCAGCGCCAACAGCAGCACCGCUUCCACCAUCCGGGGCGGCGCCGCCGCUGGGGAGCGCGAUCUGUACACUGCACCCGACCUCGUGCCCCAGACGGAGAUGGCGUGCGUCUACUGCUGGGAGCCCGUCGUCGGCCUGUACACGCCCUGCCUGGCAUGUGGCUGCGUGUCGCACGAGUCCUGCCUGGCUGAGUGGCAUGCCCUGGGCGGCGCCGAGUGUCCCGUCGGACACGACUGCAAUUGUGCCGAGGAGGCGACCACCGCGCACGCCGACAGCUGGCCCGGCCUUUGGGCUGCGCUUGUCGGUGGUUGGUACGGGCAGGACAAUUCUGCGGCGGAGGACAGGGACAAAGACAGGGAACGGGUUGGCUCUGCCGGGGGAGGGGAGGGCAAGCGGCUGUUGUCCAGCCCUGUCAAGGCCACGCCGCAGCGGUCGAGGAGGAAAUCGGCGCCUGCGGACUCGGCUGCGUUCUCGCUUGGUAGGAACUACAACUCAAGUGGUAGCAGCCGUGACCGUGGCGGUUCCGGUGCCACGACGCAUGACUCCAACGGGACAAAUCACGGAAGCGUGGGACUAAGACGCGCCGCUACCCCCACGGCUAAUACCAUCAGUAGCAGGUUGGGCGGCGGUAAGGGCGGUACAAGGAGGAGAGCGAGAGGAGGGAUCAUGGGUCAUCGUGCAGACGAAGAUGACGAUAAUGAUAAUGAUGACGAUAACGGAGACGGUGAUGCCGGAGGCAGAGAGAGUGGCCAGGCCCGGCACCAGCACCACCACCCCAACCCCCUGGGGAUCCCAUCCGUGACCGUCACGGGCGUGCCACCGGGCGGGCUACUCUCGGGCGUGAAACCCCCGCCGAGGGGCCAGGAACCCAUCUCGGCGGCGCAGUUGAGCCUGGGAAAGAGGCUGAAGGAGUCGUCGGCGGGUCGGCCAGGCGUGGCGAGGAGGAAUUCAGGGGGGUUGGCUAUGUGGAAGUCUUCGACGACUGGGUCGUGA